GUGACUUGUAGAACUGCCGAGAAAUAGAUUUUCCUUUUUGGGUUGUGUUGAUCCUCUUCGUGCGGUUUAACUCUUUCUGUGUUUGACUCUCAUGUCCAGUCCUACAAAACUCAUACCAGGUGCUUGGCUAGACAAAGCCAUCUCCUCGUCUACCACUCCCUCCUUGGGUCAGAUCAUUAUACACAACGCUGACCAGGUCAUCACUGCCUCGCCCAGGCAAGAGACCCCUGAAAUGCCCACGACGAGUACAGCGUGUGACCGUCCCCUUAGCGUCAUUGUGCCAACACCGGAGUUUAUGCCACCAUUAGCGUAUUGCCCGUUCGGCACAGAUUUUUUACUUCCCCCCCUGCCAGCCUCGUACAUCGGCAAGAAAUUUAUGCCAGAUGAGCUCGCAAGCUCUAGUAUGCCAUCUACGCCUGGUCUUGACCAUACUCCAUCUUCGAGUCACUUCUCAUCCGAUCCAAACAACAUAACAUCUCCUAGCAAUUUCGCAACAAUGCCCGUUACCCCCGAGGCACAUGAUAAUCGCGACAUUGCCACCAUAAAUACGUCUCCUUCAAAAAUAUCUCGUAUAAUUAAACCUCAGGCCACCAUGACGCUGAUGAUGGGCAAACCGCCCACACUACCAGAUAAUCUAUGGGUCUCUACUGGAUCCAACUGGCUCAGCGAUCUCGGUGGAAAUACAGAGACAGACCGUAUAUUCCGCAAUGCUCUCUUCGGUCCAAUUCCUUCCCUGAGCCCUCCAAGUAGCCCUCUCACCUCGAGUGUCGCAUCCCCCACUUCCUCCUUUCCCGCCACACUCUUACCAAGCAUGUCCACAUCCCUCAACAGUACUCCGAUUUCGUCUCCUUCCGCACCGUCUUCUCUCAAUUGUAUGUCUUCAGCCUAUUCACCAACUACAGCACGCCUGGCGUUGGCACCGACCUCGACUUCGGCCUUUCCAUCUACCAUUGAUAGUUUUGAGCGAUGGCGCGAAGGUGUCACAGUCCAGACGAAUAUACGAGAGAGCAUGCCAGAGACUCCUUCUGCAUAUGAUGACACAGGCUCUAGUGCGGAGCACACCGAACGCACGAGCCAGCCUCCGCCUGGCUUAAAUCAGAAAGUGGCGAAUACACAUGCACCCCCUGCAAUAAAGUCAAAAACGUUCAUGCAGAAGGCCAAAAAAAUCGGCGGACGCGUCAAACGCUUCGUGACGCGCGACAAAAGAAGUAGAUGGAAUGCCGUCAUCGAAGCCAGCGCUUUUGAUGUCACCACUCACACAGGAAGCGAUGAUGAGAGCAUUGUAGUCAUUUCCGCAUGUCCUCCGUCAUACGACACGCGUCUUUCUCCGCCUAUCUCACCACAAAGUCCUGAACAACGCAGGAGGUCUAUACCCAUGCUCUCUCCGCAUUAUGUCCUCGUUAGAGAGCGUGCCUCAGCGAUCGCUGAGGGUGUCGUUGAGGUACCCCGUACAGCGCUACCCGCGGACACGAGGGGACUUUCGGGGUCCAUUGUUUCGAGGGUUCCUACUCGCCGUUUUUCUCUCGCAGCGUUCUCAAGUUUCGCAUCGCUCAAACGACCAUGAAAGGGAAUCGUCAAUUUAUUUUUUAUUCCAUUGUAUUUUGAGGAUAGAUGCAUUGCAAGUCAAUAUUCCAGCUUUCCUAUGGGCGAACAUUUCUUCUAGAUAUUGUAUUUCUUUUCUACAUC